AUGGCAAAAAUCAACACCCAGCACUCCUACCCUGGUAUGCACAACCUGUCUGUCAGAACUGCUGAUGAAGAUAUUGAAAGGAUUGAAAAUGGCUAUAUCAGAACCCAUUCACUUCCUGAGGAUGCAUGUUCAGAGCUGCAGGGAGUCAUUUCUGUGGGAGGAGAACAUGUACCUGAAUCCCAGACGAGCUCCUUCACUGGCAGGGGGGCAAUGGCAAGGCUGUCACGAUUUGUCUUAUCUGUAAGGUCAUGGGCCACAAGACACUCACACCGUGAUGACCAAAGGCCUGAUUCUUUCUUGGAACGUAUCAGAGGGCCAGAGCUUGUAGAGGUGUCCACCAGGCAAAGCAACAUCCGCUCCUUCCUGGGUGCCCGUGAGCGGCCCGGGGGAGCAAACAGUCACUGGCCCUUGGCCAGGUUUAACGUCAACUUUAGCAACAACACCAAUGAAGACAAAAAGGAAGAAAAGAAAGAGGUUAAAGAGGAGAAAAAAGAGGAAAAGAAAGAGGAAAAGAAAGAUGACAAAAAAGAUGACAAAAAAAAGGAAGAGCCGAAGAAGGAGGUCUUUGUGAUAGAUCCUUCAAGCAAUCUGUACUACAACUGGCUAACCGUAAUUGCAGCACCUGUGUUUUAUAACUGGUGUAUGCUAGUGUGCAGAGCCUGCUUUGAUGAGCUACAAAUGGACCAUGUUAAAAUGUGGCUCUUCUUGGAUUAUCUCUCUGAUAUUAUCUAUAUUAUUGACAUGUUCAUCAGGUUCAGAACAGGCUUCCUUGAACAAGGCUUGCUAGUUAAGGAUGAGAAGAAAUUACGAGAACAUUAUACCAAAACUACGCAGUUCAAACUGGACGUGCUGUCUCUUGUGCCAACAGACCUGGCAUAUUUCAAGCUUGGUUUGAACUACCCCGAGCUCCGAUUUAACCGCUUGCUGAGGAUUGCUCGGCUCUUUGAGUUUUUUGACCGUACCGAGACCAGGACAAAUUACCCAAACAUGUUCCGUAUUGGCAAUCUUGUGUUAUACAUUCUUAUUAUCAUCCACUGGAACGCGUGCAUAUACUUUGCGAUAUCGAAGGUGAUCGGGUUUGGAACUGACACCUGGGUGUAUCCCAACGUGUCUGUUCCGGAGUACGCACGCCUGUCCAGGAAGUACAUUUACAGUCUGUACUGGUCAACGCUCACGCUGACAACCAUCGGAGAAACACCACCCCCAGUGAAGGACGAGGAGUAUCUCUUUGUGGUCAUUGACUUCCUGGUGGGCGUGCUCAUCUUUGCUACCAUUGUCGGUAACGUCGGCUCCAUGAUUUCCAACAUGAAUGCUUCUAGGGCAGAGUUCCAGGCCAAAGUGGAUUCCAUUAAACAGUACAUGCAAUUCCGAAAAGUGACUAAGGAUUUGGAAGCCAGGGUCAUUAAGUGGUUUGAUUACCUCUGGACCAACAAGAAAACAGUGGAUGAGAAAGAAGUUCUCAAAAAUCUGCCUGACAAGUUGAAGGCUGAAAUUGCCAUCAAUGUCCAUUUGGACACACUGAGGAAAGUGCGUAUAUUCCAGGAUUGUGAAGCUGGACUUCUGAUUGAGCUGGUGCUGAAACUGAAACCUACAGUCUUCAGUCCUGGUGACUACAUUUGUAAAAAAGGAGAUAUUGGAAGAGAAAUGUACAUUAUUAAAGAGGGAAAAUUGGCUGUGGUGGCAGAUGAUGGCAUUACCCAAUUUGUAGUCCUAAGUGAUGGCAGCUACUUUGGUGAAAUCAGCAUCCUAAACAUCAAAGGUAGCAAAUCUGGCAACAGGAGGACAGCCAACAUUAGGAGUAUUGGUUAUUCUGAUUUGUUCUGCUUGUCUAAGGAUGACUUAAUGGAAGCUCUCACAGAAUAUCCAGAAGCCAAAAAGGCUCUGGAAGAGAAAGGACGUCAGAUUCUGAUGAAAGACAAUUUAAUAGAUGAGGAGGCAGCAAAAGCAGGAGCUGACCCAAAAGACUUGGAAGAAAAAAUAGGGCGACUUGAAGUAGCUCUGGAUACGCUGCAGACUAGGUUUGCAAGGCUCUUGGCAGAAUACAGUGCAUCUCAACAAAAGGUGAAACAGAGACUUGCCAGAGUAGAAACCCGAGUGAAAAAAUAUGGUAGUGGCAGCUUAUCAGUGGCAGAAGGAGAGGCUGAAAAACCUGAGGAGGAGAAAAAGCAGUAA